CCCGUCCUCCGCCAGAGCCGCCCGCCGGCCCACACCGUCCCCCGGCCGCUCCCUCGGGGCAGACGCCCCCCAGGGCACCCUCUGGAGGCUCUGCCGAGGGCGGGGACGCCAGCCCCGACCCCGCCCGGGCCACCCUCGUCUCGGGUCCUUUAGCAUCACGAGAGUCCAUCCCCAGGCCCCGUCUCUGACAUCUUUCCCUAACUGCUAAGGAGGAAGGUUGUCUUUUUAAUUUAACAAACAAACAAACAAACAAACGUGGGCUUAGAUAAACCUGGCGUCUCAGAGUCCAGAAAGGCGCGUGUCCUGCUGUACUGACCCGAGUAGAAAGAACUGUUUGCAGUCGCCUGUCAGUGCGAGAAAAGCCACCUGCCCGGUGCUCCAUGGCGUUUUAAGACUUAACCUUGCAGGCCCCAUGUCGGUUAAACUACUGUUACAGAGUCAAGCCCAUUCUUCCGAACUUCCCUCGGAGACAAAGCUCCUUUCUGCCAGGCUGGACCCUCUUUCUGGAGGGAUUUCGUUUUGGAAGACAUGGAUCUUGCUGCUAAUGAGAUCAGCAUCUAUGACAAGCUUUCAGAGACUGUCGACCUGGUGAGACAGACAGGCCAUCAGUGUGGAAUGUCAGAGAAGGCAAUCGAAAAGUUUAUCAGACAACUACUGGAAAAGAAUGAACCUCAAAGGGGACCACCCCAGUACCCUCUCCUCUUGGCUGCGUAUAAGGUCCUCCUAACUGUGGGAUUAAUCUUGUUCACUGCCUACUUUGUAAUUCAGCCGUUUAGCUCCUUAGCGCCUGAGCCAGCGCUGUCGGGAGCUCACACUUGGCGCUCACUCAUCCAUCACAUUCGGCUGAUGUCCUUGCCCAUCACCAAGAAGUAUAUGCCAGAGAACAAGGGCGCUCCUCUGCAAGGAGGAGAGGAAGACAAGCCUUUCCCAGACUUUGACCCCUGGUCACCGAGUGACUGUGAGCAGAACGAGUCAGAGCCCAUCCCUGCCAACUGCACUGGCUGUGCCCAGAUAUUACCCCUCAAAGUGACGCUGCCAGAGGACACUCCGAAGAAUUUUGAGAGACUCCGUCCUCUGGUGAUCAAGACAGGACAGCCUCUGUUGCCUUCAGAGAUUCAGCAUUUCUCAUGCCAGUACCCUGAAGCCACAGAGGGCUUCACUGAGGGCUUUCUCACCAAGUGGUGGCGCUGCUUUCCUGAGAGGUGGUUCCCUUUUCCUUACCCGUGGAGGAGACCUCUGAACAGAUCACAGAUUUUAAGGGAGCUUUUUCCUGUUUUUACCCAACUUCCAUUCCCAAAAGACGCCUCCUUAAACAAGUGCUUCCUGGUCCACCCGGAACCUGUGGUGGGCAGCAAGAUGCAUAAGGUGCAUGACCUGUUCACUGUUGGCAGUGGGGAAGCCAUGUUGCAGCUCAUCCCUCCCUUCCAGUGCCGAAGACACUGUCAGUCUGUGGCCAUGCCGAUAGAGCCUGGGGAUAUUGGCUAUGCGGGUGCUGCACACUGGAAAGUCUACAUUGUAGCCAGAGGGGCCCAGCCUUUGGUCAUCUGCGAUGGAACCACUCUCUCAGAACUAUAGGAAACAACUGUAAGAACUGCUUGAAGAGCUGAAAGCCAGGCUGAAAAAGGUGGAGAGGGGCAAUAAAAACACUGAAACAUU